CCUCUUCCAUGAACUCUGGUCACACUUGUUAAUUUAAGACGCGACAGAGCGAUUUGUACAUUUUCAGUUUUCUAAAAAGAAAAUGGCAUAAAAACCGGCCAAAAAAGUGCAUCAAUCGAAGCAAAACCAAAAUUUUCUAAACACACACACAAACAGACACGGGAAGAGCCAACGAACUCGUGCAGCGACGCCCAAGAAUGAAAGAGAGCAAGGCAACAUGAAAAUUACAGCAACAACAACGGGCUCGAAGAAGUUGUAAAAGACGCAGAAGAAGAAGCAGCAGCCACAACAGUAUUUUUAUUAGCGGGUGUUGUUGUUGUCAUAUACACACAUCUCCCCUAACUCAACGUUUACGUUCCACCAGCAGCAUAUAUAUAGAGAAAACCAAUUCCAAAGAGAUCUGACGACGCCCUUGCAGCGAACAACACGAAUAUUCUAAUUUAUUAUUGUGAUAGUUACUAGUUUUAGUAUUUGUAAGCUUUUAAACAACCAAACGUUGCGAGCCAAAAACGAGAGCAGAUAUCCAAAAAGCUAUAGAUUAAAGCUGAACAAUUGUAAUGCAUUCCAAAAUGAUCGGACAUCAAGGUAUAGCUACCCUGUUGCUGAUCGCCUGCCUGGCAUAUCCGUCGCACAUCGAGGCCUGCUCCAGCCGUACGGUGCCCAAGCCGCGCUCCUCGAUCUCCUCGUCCAUGUCCGGUGCAGCCUUACCGCCCACUCAAGCUCCGGUCACAAGUAGCACAACAAUGCGCACCACCACGACGACCACUCCGCGACCAAACAUCACAUUCCCCACGUACAAAUGUCCGGAGAACUUCGAUGCCUGGUACUGCCUGAACGAUGCCCGUUGCUUUGCGGUGACGAUUGCCGAUCUGCCGGUGUAUAGCUGCGAGUGCGUCAUUGGCUUUAUGGGCCAGCGAUGCGAGUUUAAGGAGAUCGACAGCACAUAUCUGCCCAAACGACCGCGUCCUAUGUUGGAAAAGGCGAGCAUUGCCAGUGGAGCCAUGUGUGCCCUGGUCUUUAUGCUGUUUGUUUGCCUGGCAUUUUAUUUGCGCUUCGAACAGAGGGCAGCCAAGAAGGCCUACGAGUUUGAGCAGGAACUGCAGCAGGAAUACGAUGAUGAUGAUGGGCAGUGCGAGUGCUGCCGGAAUCAGUGCUGUCUGGACGGCGAUGAUGAGCCGGUCGUCCUGGAGCGCAAGCUUCCCUACCACAUGCGGCUGGAGCACGCGCUGAUGUCCUUUGCCGUUCGACGUAGCAACAAGCUGUGAGGAAAGUGAAAAAUACAGGAAGCCGAAUAUCGAAUAUGCCUUGCCCAUCAAAUUGCAUAGGGCUUUAGUCGAAAGUUGAUAAUACCUAUUUACUGUAUUCUAAAUGUAUACCCAAAAACUGUCUACUCAAUCAUAUCUAGAGACCUUAACUUUCGUUUACCGAAAGUUUGCACCCAGAAAAAUGGUUAAAGCCAGCCAGCCUUGUAUUACCGAAAGUCGACUAUGAAUUUUUAUACCUUAUGCUAGCUAUUUAUUAUUAUUGCUAACUGAUAUGCGUAUCACACACACAACGCGAAACACGCGCCAAGUAUUAUUUAUUGCGAGAGAUUUAAAAAAAAUGAUAUGAAUUUUUUAAAUAAACAUACAGAAAUGCACCAUGCAAA